AGAAAAGCCAACUUCUUUGUAUCCUCUCUCUCUCUCUCUCUCUCUCUCUCUCUCCCCUUUCUUUCUGCUCCUUCACUUUACAGAAAGGACCAAAACAAGAGACAAGAUAAACAUUAAGGACAGUCAUGUUUUUGUAGUUUUUUCGUUUGUUUGGUUUGUUCAAAACCUGCAUGAAUAACUUCUACAAUGGAGGAGGACUGUUUUGUUGAUAGUUUGACAACAUGUGAUGGGAUCCAUGGACGAGGAGACACUCAUCACCGCCGCAGACGCCCUCGCCACCACCGCCGCCGUUUCUCGGCACCGGCCAAGUCCAACAACAGAGCACCGAGUCCAGUCACAAAAGUUCAUGAGCUUCUUGAAUGCCCUCUCUGUUCAAAGUCCAUGUUCCCACCAAUACACCAGUGCCCAAACGGGCACACUCUGUGCUCAAUCUGCAAACUGACGGUGAACCGGUGCCCGACUUGUCGAGAAAAACUCGGCGACAUCCGAUGUCUAGCAUUGGAGAAGGUGGCAGAAUCACUAGAACUGCCUUGCAAGUAUUGCUCUUUGGGGUGCAUGGAGAUCCUCCCUUACUACAUCAAACUCAGGCAUGAGGGUCACUGCUACUUCAGACCAUACAGUUGCCCUUAUCCUGGAUCUGAUGAGUGCUCAGAGGUUGGGGAUGUUCCAUUUUUGGUUGACCAUCUGAGAGAAGAUCACAAGGUUGACUUGCACAUUGGUUCAACGUUUAAUCACCUCUAUGUUAAGUCGAAUCGCCGCGAAGUAGAGUGUGCAGCAAGGAUGCUUAUGGUUUUCAACUGUUACAACCAGUACUUCUGUCUGCACUUUGAAGCCUUCCACCUCGGCAUAGCUCCGGUUUUCAUUGCAUUCCUUCGCUUCAUGGGCGAUGCGGCUGAGGCACGAAGCUUCAGCUACAGACUGGAGGUGGGCAGCAACAGCAGGAAACUAAUAUGGGAAGGAACCCCUCGGAGCAUCUGUGACAGCCAUCAGAAGGUCAGGGACAGCCAUGACGGUCUCAUAGUCCAGCGUAACAUGGCACUUUUUUUCUCCGGUGGAGAUGGAAAGGAGCUCAAGCUUCGGAUCUCCGGACGGAUUUGGAAGGACAACAGUGCCUAGAUGGAGCCUGGAGGGGUGUCCACACCCAAUCUAUGCAAUUGGUGGAAUCUGGAACCCCCUUUGCUCUUCCGUUCGAUGCUCAGUUGUCCGUCUGUUUUGUGUCAAAUUUUGGUGUUGUUUCUUAAAAGUUCGAACUUAUGAGCCUACCCUCAGCACUUGAGCUAAAGCUCCUUGGCAAAUUUUGGUGGCGUUUUUGUGAAUGGAUACCAGAGUAUUGUGGAUAUCAAAGACUUUUUUUAUA